CGAAGGACCAGCCUCCUGGCCGCGUUGCCGUGGAGACGGAGCUCGCUGUGUAGAUGUGGCAACUGGCCGAGACACAGCCUUUGCUGACUAUCUGAGGCAGGGGCUCACGGGACCGACGCCAAGAUGAUGCUUUCAAGAGCCAAACCCGCUGUGGGCGGGGAAUCACCGCACACUGACAAAAGAAAGAAGAAAGGCAGGAAGAUUCCAAAACUAGAAGAUCUGCUUUCGCAAAGAGAUUUCACUGGCGCUAUUACUCUUUUGGAGUUCAAACGCCAUGUCGGGGAGCAAGAAGACGACACUAACUUGUGGAUUGGAUACUGUGCUUUUCACCUGGGUGACUACAAGAGAGCUUUGGAGGAAUAUGAAAACGCAACGAAGGAGGAAAACUGUAACCCAGAAGUGUGGGUAAACUUGGCCUGCACCUACUUUUUUCUUGGGAUGUAUAAACAAGCAGAAACUGCUGGGUUUAAAGCUCCAAAAAGCCGGCUCCAAAACCGCCUGUUGUUCCAUCUGGCUCACAAGUUUAAUGAUGAGAAGAAAUUGAUGAACUUUCAUCAGAAUCUUCAGGAUAUUAAAGAAGACCAGCUUAGUUUGGCCUCAAUCCACUAUAUGCGAUCCCAUUACCAAGAAGCUAUUGAUAUAUACAAGCGGAUACUGCUGGAUAACAGGGAGUACCUGGCCCUCAAUGUUUACGUGGCCCUCUGCUACUACAAAUUGGAUUACUAUGAUGUCUCCCAAGAAGUCCUGGCUGUUUACCUUCAGCAAAUUCCUGAUAGUACCAUCGCACUCAACCUUAAGGCUUGCAAUCACUUUCGCCUUUACAAUGGAAAAGCAGCUGAGGCAGAACUCAAAAGCUUGAUGGACAAUGCCUCUUCACCCUUUGAAUUUGCAAAAGAACUCAUCAGGCACAAUCUGGUUGUUUUCCGAGGAGGCGAGGGGGCUUUGCAGGUUUUACCUCCCCUGGUUGACGUCAUUCCUGAAGCUAGGCUAAACCUAGUGAUUUACUACCUUCGCCAAGACGACGUACAGGAAGCUUAUAGCUUAAUCAAGGAUCUGGAGCCUACGACGCCUCAGGAAUACAUUCUCAAGGGAGUUGUUAAUGCAGCCCUUGGCCAGGAAAUGGGUUCGAGGGAUCAUAUGAAAAUUGCCCAGCAGUUUUUCCAGUUGGUGGGAGGAUCAGCUAGUGAAUGCGAUACAAUACCAGGGAGGCAGUGCAUGGCUUCCUGUUUCUUCCUGCUUAAGCAGUUUGAUGAUGUCUUGAUUUACCUCAACUCCUUUAAGAGUUACUUCUACAAUGAUGACAUCUUUAACUUUAAUUAUGCCCAAGCCAAAGCUGCGACAGGCAACACCAGUGAGGGUGAAGAGGUCUUCCUUUUGAUCCAAAGCGAAAAGUUGAAAAAUGAUUACAUUUACCUCAGUUGGUUAGCUCGCUGCUAUAUCAUGAACAAAAAACCGAGACUAGCUUGGGAACUUUAUCUCAAGAUGGAAACCUCCGGCGAGUCCUUCAGCCUCUUACAGCUCAUUGCCAAUGACUGUUACAAGAUGGGCCAGUUCUACUAUUCAGCCAAAGCGUUUGAUGUCCUAGAGAGGCUGGAUCCCAACCCUGAAUACUGGGAAGGCAAAAGGGGUGCCUGCGUAGGCAUUUUCCAGAUGAUUUUAGCUGGGAGAGAACCCAAAGAGACCCUCCGAGAAGUGCUACACUUACUGAGAAGCACGGGAAACACCCAAGUGGAGUAUAUCAUCAGGAUCAUGAAGAAGUGGGCCAAGGAGAACAGAGUGCCUAUCUGAACAGCUGAGCCCCAGGCCAGGGACCAGUUUCCUCUCACAUCACAUUGGAACUGUUUCCUGCACUCGAAUAUGUGGUCCAGGACCCUGUUUGACUGACAUUUGUUCCUUGCUGUUAGCACAUCAGGAUGAGUGGCUGGUACGUGUGGACUCACAUCAGGCGGCACAGAUCUCCCUACUCGUGUAAUCUAACAUGAAAGGAUUCUGGACUUCCCCGGUGCCUUUCUUCCAAAAUCACUCAGAAUACUCAUAUAAUUCCUGGCUUUGAAGAGUAGAUAAUAGUUUUGUUUUUCUUUUUCUGUUAGCAUUUCAGGAAAUUUUCUCCUAGCUGCAGUGACAAGUACUUUCAUACUAAAGAAUUACUGUCAUUUGAUCAUCUUCCAUCACCUUGUACAUUAGCUCGUCCAUGAAGAAUGCAUCUCUGAGUCCUGGGAGAAGUCUUCCCAGCUGUGUGAUUCUAAGGAUGGCCGCGAGACUCUCUACCACGCUGUGCAGUCGGCAGCAGAGAAUAGGCUUAGAGACCACUCAGUAAGUGAACUCCGAUUAUAGCUUGUUACAGUGAGGCAAGUUGAGUGGUGUAGAUUUUUAAAAGGCGAGGGAAAAGAAAAAUGUAGCAAUCGCUACUGCCUUGUAUUUAGGAAACAAAGCCAGGGGAAACGUCUUCAUAUAUCAGUUGAACGGACAGCAGUUUGAACAUAGGGCUGCAAAGGUUUUUUUAUAAAUUUUUUUUUUUUUUUUUUUUUUGGUUUUUCGAUACAGGGUUUCUCUGUGGCUUUGGAGCCUGUCCUGGAACUAGCUCUGUAGACCAGGCUGGUCUCGAACUCACAGAGAUCCGCCUGCCUCUGCCUCCCGAGUGCUGGAAUUAAAGGCGUGCGCCACCAUCGCCCGGCUAUGUAUUUUUUUUUUUUGUUUGUUUGAUUUGGGUCAUUUGAAACAGGGUUUCUCUCUAUAGUCCUGGUUGUCCUGAAACUCACUUUGUAGACCAGGCUGGCCUCGAACUUGGAGAUCUACCUGUCUCUGCCUCCGAAGUGCUGGGACUAAAGGUGUGUGCACCAUUAUCACCCGGCAAAUUAUAUUGCACACACAUGCACACAUAAUAGAUUAAUACAGUUAUAAGCAAGGGUCCCUGGACGAAAACUCCUAAUGGCUAACACCUCCAUUAUAUCUCAGCCUCAUGUCUCUGAGCUGUCAUUACGGAACCCUCGUCAUUCUACAACCAAAUAUUCUUGGGUCUACGUCCCACUUUCAGAGAACAGACACAUCUUUUCCUAUAUCAGAUCACCUUGGUUUCUAUGCCCUAUAAUGUUCUUCUGUAAGUCUGAGGUGCAGUGUCAUGGCUACAACACGCAGACUCAUCCUCAGGGAGCAGAGAGUGGGUGGGGAGAAUGGAGGAGUUUCUGGAAGCAGCACUGGUUCUUCCCCAUGCCCUGGCCUCCCGCUGCAGGUGGCAUGGUGCUGCACAACAAGAAGAGGGGGCCCGUUCAGAGAGACCAGCCAAAGCAACGGGAGCCAAAGCAACGGGAGCCAAAGCAACGGGAGCAGCGGCUGGACACAGCCUUCCCCUCUGGCCAGCCCCAAGGUGGUCUGCAGCUCUGCUCAGAAGAGGGCCAGUGUGCCAUCUUUUACAUAGGUCCAGAUCUGAUCAGUGUGGAGCACAAAUCACAGUGCUGAUCUAAAAGAACUCCAGGAAACAAAGCCGUUUUAUGACAAGAGCGUCUUGUUUUCUUGUUCUGUUGUUCCUACUUUUUCAAUAACAGCUGGUUCUCACUGUCAAGAAUAUUAGGUGGGUCAGAUACGGCUGAACUUGGUAUAGUUCUGCGAAACAUUCUUGUAAAACUUACGUUACUCAAAAGGAAGCAGAGAAGCGGGAGGGCGGAUGCAACUCCUGGGGGCUAUGGGCAUCUUGCCGUGAACUGUGUUCAGGUAUAGUUCUUCAUUCAUGCUGGUGUACUUCCCAGUGAGAUUUUUCGAGUUUAUUACUCAGUAGUCUGACAUUUUCCAGUCUUGAGGGAAGGAUGUCUAUUCCCCCCAACAUCAGAACUUUAGAUUAGUUUUUAAAGUUUUUAAUCUACAGGCUUGAGACAGAAACAUGAAGGCUAGUUAAAACAAAGCAUAUGUAAUUCUGUUAGGAGGGAUAAUUGCUUCUGAUUGUUUCGACAGGGCUCCAGGCUUUAUGGCUGUGUUCUCUCACAAAUGACAGCCCAGGAUGGGGAAUGUGUAAUGUGCACAGUCUAUAACAUCAAUGUACUAUUUAAAAUCUGUAGUGCAUACUUAGAAAUGGAAAAAAACCUUUUACAAUUAUUUUUGUAUUGCAAAAGAAUUAUAUGCCAUUGUACUAUAUUUAAAUUAAAUUUUAUUUUUUGUUCUUUU